AUGAAGAUAAUAUCGGUACUAGAUCUGGGGCUCUCCCUCCUCAUCCCAAUCCUUAUCCUCCUUCACCUCUUCAUCGCCCCGUACACCAAGGUUGAAGAGUCUUUCAACAUUCAGGCUACCCACGAUGUUCUAGUCUACGGAACACCACUUCAAAAUGCCUAUCACAAGCUAUCGCAGGCAUAUGACCAUUUCACCUUUCCCGGUGCCGUGCCCCGAACCUUCGUUGGCCCCGUCGUCUUGGCAGGACUCGGACAACCCAUCGUCAACCUCAUCGGCUUCGACCAUGCCCAAAGUAUUGUGAGAGGAAUGCUAGGUCUCGCCAACGCGGCUGCCCUUAUUUUUUUCGCGCGGAACUUUAGACGUGCCUACGGACGUCCGGCAGCUAGGUGGUAUCUGCUUUUGCAGGCCAGCCAGUUCCAUGUCAUCUUUUACGCGUCGAGGACCUUGCCGAACAUGUUUGCUUUUGGGCUAACCACGACCGCCACCGCACUCCUCCUCCCAAGCCCGCAGUCCCCAGAGCUCAUCCACCGCCGCCACCGCUCGGCCAUCUCCCUCCUCGUCAUGGCCGGCAUCAUCUUUCGCUCCGAAGUUGCUCUCCUCCUCUUCACCACCAUCUUCCACCUCCUCUUCGUCGUUCCAUCCACCUCUCUGGAACGCAUCAUCCCGCACUUCAUCGUCGCCGUCAUCGUAUCUCUCAUCAUGACCGUGCCUUUGGACUCCUACUUUUGGCAGAAGCCUCUUUGGCCGGAGCUCUGGGGCUUCUACUUCAACGCUGUGAAAGGCAACUCCAGCGAGUGGGGCACCUCUCCAUGUUACUACUACUUCGUCUCUGCCAUCCCGAGACUGCUUGUCAAUCCGCUUACCUGGGGCUUGAUGAUCCCUGUAGCGUGGAAGCAGCCGGCUAUCAGGCCGGCAGUGAAGGGAUUAUUGGUGCCGAGUCUGUUGUUUGUGGCGAUUUACUCGCUGCAGCCGCACAAGGAGGCUCGUUUCGUCUUUUACGUGGUUCCUUCGCUUACCGGUGCUGCGGCCUUGGGAGCGGAUUGGAUCGCUAGGAGAAGCUUCAAGGCGGGGAAGACGGCUGCUAUCUUGACCUGGGGUGUCCUCCUAGGAUCGAUCGCGGUAUCCUUUGUCGCCAGCACGGGCAUGUUGCUGGUCUCCUCGCUCAACUAUCCCGGUGGUGAAGCGCUCGCGUACUUGCGCGAUACCGUACAGGCAGAGGUUGCUGCGUCUAGUUCAUCCUCGGCUGUUGUGCCCGUUCAUGCCGAUGUCCUGUCUUGCAUGACGGGUGUCACGCUGUUCGGGACGGCUACGGGAUAUGCUUCGGCUGUUCCUAGCAAGGGCAAGAUUGUCAGGAAGAGUCCCGGCAGUAGUGUGGUCCUUUCGCUGGACAAGACUGAGGACGACUCUGUCCUUGCCCAAGAGGAGUUUUGGAAACGGUUCGAUUACGUUUUGGCGGAGGAUACUACGAAGGUUAAAGGUGAUGACUGGGAGACUGUCAGUGUGGUCAAUGGAUAUGGUGGGAUUGAGAUCCUCUUAGACGGCUCUGCCCAGUGCGAUAAAUCGAAGGAAGACAUUCCUGUGGUUGGAAAGGGAGUCUCAGUCGAACGAUGGAGAAAUCGCGUGAAAGCAAUCACGGGAGGGAAAUGGGUUGGCCCAAAGAUGGUCCCUAGGAUAUACAUAUUGAGGAGGGUCAAGCAUGUCAAGAGGGCCAGGGAAACGGUCGAUGUUUAA